GGGGCCGGGCGGCACCACCGUGACCUCCCGCGAGCUGCCGCAGCCGAUCUCGACCCGUCGGCAGCAGCCGCUUCCCGCCGCUGGGGCUGUCUCCGGGGCCGCUGUCGGGGGAGGUUAUACCUAGAAGAAGGUUUCUGGUGUGUGCUUCUAUGGAAUCCAAGCUCAUAUACUGAUGCUUCCUUUGUAACUUUAUGGUAAAACAGAGUAUCAGUUUGGUUACCACAUCAUCUGAAUCCAGACGUCACUUUUAAGAAAAUGUGGACUGCUAAAAAUCUUUAUAGUGCUCAAAUACUGUUGCUCCGGUUGAAAGAAGGCCGACUGUAUAGUUGCACCUUUCCCAAAACUCAUCACUUCUGGAUUGGAAUUCCAAACUCUUGCACUGUAAGAUGUACCAGAGUUAAAUUCCAGGUUUCCAAGGUGAAUGAUAAGCAAUCGGUAGAUGAUAGAAGAACGGCUGCUAGUGCAGAGGGAACUAAAAUACGUGUUGGAAAAAGUUCCAGUGGAGUACAUGAUGGAAGUCAUCAUUCAUUAGAAGCACAAAUGAAACACAUCAACCUGUCCUUUGCAGCUUGUGGCUUUCUGGGAGUUUACCACUUGGGGGCAGCAGCUGCUUUUUACAGGCAUGGUAAGAAGUUACUGACAGAUGUGAAAGCUUUUGCGGGAGCUUCUGCGGGAUCUCUGACUGCCGCUGUCUUGUUAGCAGUGCCAGAAAAUAUAGAGCAAUGUAAGCACUUUGCCUAUGGAUUUGCAGAGGAAGUCAGAAAACUGAACUUCGGUGCUGUAACACCUGGUUAUGAUUUUAUGAAAACACUUAGGGAGGGCAUAGAGUCUAUUCUUCCUGCUAAUGUUCAUGAGAUAGCUGAGAACCGGCUCUAUGUGUCAGUCACUAACUCAAAAAGUGGGGAAAAUCGCUUGGUUUCAAAUUUUUCCUCCAGGGAGGACCUCAUUAAGGUCCUGCUAGCAAGUAGCUUUAUACCAGUAUAUGCAGGAAUUAAGCCUGUGGAAUAUAAAGGAGAGAAGUGGGUUGAUGGUGGCCUUACCAAUGGCCUUCCUAUCUUGCCUGUUGGAAGAACUGUGACGAUUUCUCCUUUCAGCGGUCGAUUGGAUAUCUGUCCACAAGAUAAAGGACGUGUGGAUCUUUAUGUUAAAUUAGCAAAACAAGAUAUGAUGCUGUCACUGGCCAACCUGGUAAGACUUAAUCAAGCUUUGUUCCCACCAGACCAGGAGAAAAUGGAAUCAUUGUACCAAAAUGGCUUUGAUGAUGCUGUACGCUUUUUAUUGAAAGAAAACUGGUUUGAAUAGAUGGCACAUAAAAAAGUAGCGAGACAUGAUGGCUGUCAAAACACAGCUACAGGCUUCAUGGAGAAUCUCAGGGAUUGCUGCCCCGGUUGCUGUAUGUGAAAAUAAAAAUCCUAAUGGACUUGAA